AUGUCCAAAUUCGACCGACGAAACCAGGCCAAGCAGCGCCAGCUGGCCAAGCGCAAGGAGCACGCGGAGGAGACCUCAGUGUUCCAAGGAAAGGAUGGCGCUCCGAGGAUCGUUGCAGUCGUCCCUUUGUGCAAGGACGGAGACGCAUCGACCGCUGUCAAGCAGUUGAACAACAGCCUGGACAUUGAGACCGAGGUCGAGGAGUCGCCGUUCCGAGUUUCGAUCGACCGAUUCAAGCAGAAAGUCCAGUACAUUCCCCUCAAGCGCGACUUGAACGCUGUUCUGGACGCUACACGAGUUGCCGACUUUGUUGUCGUCAUGCUGUCUGCCGACGUCGAGGUCGACGAGCUUGGCGAGCUGAUGCUGCGUGGUCUGGAAAGCCAGGGUCUCUCGACACUGUUCACUGUUGUGUACGGUCUGGACAAGAUUGACCAGGCCAAGCAGAAGCAAUCGACUGUCGCCUCUCUCAAGUCAUACAUCACCCACUUCCACCCCGAGCAGGAAAAGCUCUACAACCUGGAGAACAGGCAAGAAUGCUCCAACCUCAUGCGCUCACUCUGCAACACCACACCGAAGGGCGUCAGGUGGCGCGAGGAGAGGAGCUGGUUGUUGGCCGAGGAGGUCAAGUUCGCCAACUCGGGUCUUGAUACAACUGUGAUUACCGGUGUCGUAAGAGGAAGAGGUCUGAAGGCCAACCGCUUGAUUCAGCUGGGCGACUACGGAACGUACCAGAUUGAGAAGAUUACUGCUGCCCCUUUGUCUAAGAAGCAAAAGAAGGGCGAGAUGGCGGUGGAAGAUGACCAGUCGGAGCAAGUUCUUGAUACCCCUGAUGAUGACCAGGAUGACCUGGCUGAAUUGGCGCCCGACGCCGUGAUGGAUGACGAGAUGGAGGACGAUGAGAUCCCCGCGAUCAAGAAGGGUGUUCUGCUUGACGAUCACCACUACUUCUCAGAUGAUGAUGACAAGGAGGAGCUCAGGCUCAAGACAAGAGUUCCCAAGGGAACAUCCGACUACCAAGCAGCCUGGUAUCUCGGGGAUGACGUGUCCGACUCUGGGUCUGACAUGACAGACUACGAGAUGCAGGAUGAGGAAGAGAGCUCAGAAGAUGAAGCCCGCCCCGAAGACGGCUUCGAAGGGUAUGCGCCCAAGGAGCCCACCGAGGCUGCUCCCUCAGAAUUCGGCAAAUCAGAGAUGUUCAUCGAGCCUGAUGAAGAUGAGGACGCCAAGGGCCUCGCAGCCUACCGCGCAAGGAAGCAGGACGAGGUUGAGGAGGACAAGGAGUUCCCCGACGAGAUCGAGCUGCAUCCUGGCGUGCUGGCCCGCGAGCGUCUGCAAAGAUACAGAGGUCUCAAGUCUCUGCGCACGAGUGAGUGGGUGCAGGACGAAGACAGGGCUUUCGAGCCCGAGGAGUGGCGCAAGCUGCUCCAGAUCCCAGACUACCAGGCAUCUCGCUCAAGGGCCACUCGCGAGGCCCUCGUUGGCGGCGUCGCCCCUGGCACCCGUGUUCAUGUCCACCUCCGUGGCGUCCCACCGUCCUUUGAGAAGUCGUACAAGCCCAGCACGCCCGUCACCCUCUUCUCCCUGUUGCGCCACGAGCAGAAGAAGACGGCCGUAAACUACCUCAUCAACCUUAGCGCCGACUACCACCGCUCGCUCAAGGCCAAGGAGGAGCUCAUCGUGCAGUGCGGCCCCCGCCGCUUCACAGUCAACCCCGUCUACUCCCAGCCGGGUAACACCCCCAACGACGUCCACAAGUUCUGCCGGUACCUCCAUCCCGGGCAGUCCGCCGUCGCCACCUUCAUGGGACCCAUCACCUGGGGUGCCGUUCCGGUGCUCUUCUUCAAGCGCUCCGCGCCUGUACCUGAGGGCUCCGAGGAGGCAGAGAACGAGUCGACCACCGGUCUCACCCUGGUCGCCACGGGCACCGCCCUGCCUCCCUCGACGAACCGCGUCAUCGCCAAGCGUGUCAUCCUCACCGGCCACCCGUACCACAUCCACAAGAAGAUCGUCACGAUCCGCUACAUGUUCUUCAACCGCGAGGACGUCGAGUGGUUCAAGGCCCUGCCGCUGUGGACCAAGCGCGGCCGCAGCGGUUUCGUCAAGGAACCCCUCGGUACCCACGGAUACUUCAAGGCGACGUUCGACAGCCGCAUCAACCCGCAGGACUCCGUCGGCGUCAGUCUGUACAAGCGUGUGUGGCCGCGCAACGCCGUCCCGGUUACGGGAUCUCUUUUCGAGGCUGGUACUGUCCAGCCAGAGGAGGGUGAUGUGAUGAUGGAAUGA